AUGAUGGAACGGUCUUGGGAGUUCGGAGCGUGGAGGCCUACUAUAUCACCUUCGCAAAUGAACUGGAAAGCGCCGGAAGUAAAGGAGGUUCAGGAACUUCGUGAUAUACUCAUCGACCAGGCAAAAGAUGUUGUAGACAAGACCUACCUCCCAUCAGUAUGGGCGAGAAGAGGUAAAACCCUGUUAAUUCUUGGCUAUCCAGAAUUAUCAGCUGCAGACGCGUACAAGGCUAUCAGGCUCUGUGAUGCCGGCCUCUGCCAUGAUUCUACAACAGGCCUGAAAGUCCGGUUGAUUGUUGGCAUGUGGAUUAUGCUGCAAAGCUCAGAACUGAGUUCAUGGACUGCGUCAACGCCUGCUAGGGAGUGCCAAAGACGCGUUGCUGAUCGGCUCAAGGACGAUCGAAAUGAAGCAUACAAGCUUUUACUCUCAGCCUUGCGUUAUACACAGGACAAUCGAGAAGCCGUGAAUGUUUGCCACGAAGCUCAAAUGCUAUACCCACAUGACCUCGCCUUCGCGGAAACCCUUGCGGCUAUACAAAAGCGCAUACGUUCGAGAGAAGGCGCGCUCAAGAAAUCUGGAAUGACAGCCGCAGACAUUGAAGCUCAGAUGCGGGUAGGGUGUAUCAGGUUCAAACAGUACCCGUGGAUGUCACCAAGCUUACUGAGGAGGAGCCCAGAUCUUGUUUCUGCAUGUAAUGCAGCGUUGGAAUCUUAUUCGACUUGUAUUGAGAUGAAGGAAUCCUCAAUUGGAGAAUCUGGCACGGCUGCUAAUAACGAUAAUAGUACCAAGUGUUUUGGAUAUUUCGCGACUCGGGAUAUUCAAGCUGGAGAAUUGGUAUUAGCAGCACCAACCGCAUUAGGAGUCUAUAAUCGGCAGACAACAGCUCGUUGCUACAACUGCUCUAAAAAUCUGAACCCGUCAUAUGUUGCUGGCUUCCCUUGUUGUUCAGCUAUACGAUUCUGCAGUAGUGAGUGUCGAAGAAUCGCGGAAGAGACUUAUCAUAAGAUUCUCUGUGGAAAAGACUUCGGAGUGAUAUACAAAGACGCAGAGAGGGCGUGCGACACCGAGGAUCCAGCAAUCAACGUUCUCUUUUGGCUUCGAUUGCUUGCCUGCUGCGUCCAAGAAGGUGGCCACCCCCUUGAGAUGCCUCAGAUGGCGAGAUUGGUAGCGCAGUACGGGACAGACAUCAAUGUUGGUUGGUCACUACGUGCUAACGUUGUUGGCCCACUUCAAAUCUUGGAAUCAUUCGGAGUCGACAUCUUUGCCGAUGCAAGAUACGAGAGCUGGGUUCUUGAGACUAUGUGGCAUCGCGUCAAGAACAACUACAACAGUAUGGGCAUAAAUGGCGAACUGUUUGUUUAUCUCAAUGAGCAUUACUCGGGUUUCAAUCACAGCUGCCACUCCCCGCCCAUGGUUGCUGCCAGGAGCAUGAUCUCAACCGCCGAGCUAGGAGCCAUGCGAUACAUCCGAAAAGGAGAGGAGGUCCUCACUACGUAUCUCGGGAGAGAAAAGCUUGCGGCCCCGAAGGAGAUGCAAGUCAGUUGGGGAUUAGAGAAAGCUGAAGCCAAGGAUGUUGGUCCUCUGAUAUCACAAUCUAUCUCUUUCUAG